UCCGCUCAUAAGCGUGUAACUCAUUUAAUUCAUAUAUACUCCGAAAAUCCACCAUCAUCCACUCCCUUGCAUCACUUUACCCCAGAAUCUCAACAAUUUUCUCAUGUUCAAUUUCACAACACAUUUAAUUUUAUGCUGCUCUUGGAUCCAUUUAUCCAUUUAAAUCAAAUUCAAAAUAUCUUCACAUUCUUCAUAAAUAUUACAGUGCCUUCCGUCUUCAUCUCAUAAAAUAUUCUGUUCCGAAAUCCUUUUCUUUUUGACCUGAUACCCAUCCAUCGCAUCAUCCAUCAUAUAACUUGGAAACCCUUAGAGCUUAAGCUCCCCAACCGAUUUUGUUAGUGUCAGUACCAUAACAACACCAAAAAAAAAGGGAGAUUGCAUAUAUCGCAUAUCACAAUUUCAAAAACCCCAUUAGUUACCCUUUAAUGAUCGAACUCGACUUGAAAACCUCUUAUCGAUUCAACAACGAACUGAAGAAAUAUGGAUCUCUCAAGAGAAGACGAGUAUUUUGAGUGGGUGGAUCGGACGGAUUUGGUGGAUGUUGCGCCUCGAAUAAUUCGACAACCCGAAAUUUCAACCUUAAGGAUAGUUUGCAUGGAAGAAAAUAACGACGACGAUGAAAUCGAAUUCCCAAUGUACGAUGACAUAAAAUGGGAUGAUAACAAUGACGACCAAGUUCCCAAGGAGGAAUAUGAUGCCCAAGUCGAAUAUUACCUUCAAUCUCCCUCCUUACAACCGACCUACCUCGAAGACGAUGUAUCAUUAUGCAGUACUCCAACCUCACUUUCUCCAUCAGAUCAAUCACCAACAUCCGAACUUUCAGAGCUUUCAGAAGUUUCUGAACCAUGCGAUAUCACCCAAACCGUGGAUGACAUAGAGCUUCAAAUCAAACCAUCACAUCAAGUAGAUUAUCUGGCACACGAUUGGCCGGAAGAGGAUUUAUGGGCUUCGUGGAAGUAUAUUCAAUCACAUCGUACUGCAUACGAAAAUGGCAGAAGAUUGGAGAACGCUUCCUGGAGAACUUGGGCGAAAAAGCGAUCGAAUCUGAAAACAAUUGAACCAUCAACCGUUGGCUGGUAUGCGCUUUCAAUUCAACCUUCCUGAAAUGCAUGCUAACAUCAAAACAGGGAGAAGGAUCAUGAUACAACAUGGUUAUAUGGCCCACUUCACAAGCAACCAUCCUGGAAAUCCCUAACAGCAUCACCAUUGGGAUCGGGUCGACCAAAAUUGAUGAGAUCUCUAUCAUACGCGGACGUGGAUGUGAAAUCUAUUCUUAAGCAACGACGAAUGUGCGAUAUUUUGUUGAAGCGACCGUCGUCGGCUAUAUCAGUUUCCAUGGAAUCUUCGAUGACUUCCCUUACAUCUGGCAGAUCAUCCCCUUCAUCAACCUCAUCAAGAAAAUGUGUUCGCUUCAACGAUGAAGUUGAACAAUUUAUCGCAGUAAAUACUUCACAUGGGAACGGGGGUGUAAUUCGUUAUGCGAUGGGAGGAUCUACCGUAGAAGAAGAUAUAUCUGUGUCCACCGGAACUCGUAUCCAGCCAUGUUUGAAAGCAAGUAUGCGAUUAGUCGCAAAACUUCCAAACUCGACCCUCAAGAGUGUCGAUGGCAUUCAUUCUCUCUCUGCGGCGGUCCAAAGCUUACAAGAUUCCUUAAAGAAUGAUCAUUUCGUGUUGCCGAGGUUUGAAUAUGAAGAAUAUGCGAGUGCUGCAAAUGGGGAUGAUGAUGAAUGGGAGCUUUCGAUGAUAGGAAUGGAUUUUAAAACACCAACGAAUUCGAUGUUGGUUGGACGUGUUUAUUGAGAUGAGUUGUUUCAUAUUUGGCAUGGCGCAACUGGGACAAUGAUAUCAGCAUAUCUGGUGUUUUGUAUAGCAUUUCUGGAAAAUUUGGGAUGAUUGAUACCACUUUGCUGCUGGUGCCUGGGUAGACACUAGUUGAUUGGGAUUUUGGAGAAACGCAACGUCCUCACUAUUUUAUCGUAACGUCUGAAAUGGUUAUACAUAGCACAUAAUGAAUGAAAUAUUAUAAACUCAAAUCGAUGAAUCUAUGUGAUAUUUGAGUAUCUGAGAGAUGAAGGGACGUCGUUAGCAUCAGAUGGUUAUGAUUAGUACAAUGAGGGGAAACUCGAUGUUUUCAGUAGCGUGAUUGGAUCCGGCAGAAAUUCACCGCUAUUAGUAUCACCCGAUAAUAUCGAAAAGAGAUGAUUCGACAA